CGCCUCGAGGCGUUACGUCGUCUCGUGACCCCUUCAAAUCUACGAACGGGCACGCAGAAUCCAUCGUAAAUAAUUCUGAUAGUGAAGUUGUAGUCAUCAGUGAAGAUGUUGUUGACAACGCUCAGCAAAAUAAUACCGAAGAACCAGAAAAAGUCGUUGAUAAUCGAGAUAAAUCGUUGCAAGAACUUCUGGAACAAGUUGCGGAAUUAGAUGAAAUUUAUUUAGAUACUCAGGCCCAUCAGAUAGUUUUGCAAAAUGAAGCGAAAACGAACGAAAUCGAAACAAAUUCGGGUCCAAUGGACGUGGAUUUUGAUGACAGUGCCACAUACACAAGUCUUCAAAUGGCUUUCAAGAAUCCUUUAGCUCUAUCGCUACCGCCUCAAGAAAUGUCUGUAACUACUUUAGAAGAGUUGAUGGCAACCCCAAUAGUUACGCCAGUUAUUCAAAUUAGUGCACCUCCAAUCGGCCCAAAACCACCGGUGCCACCAAAGAAAGCAUCGCCAAUUUUAAACGGUAAAAGAGAAAAUGGAGGCGAAGAAAAAACUACCUCCACUUCCGCCCAAGAGAUAUUAAAUGAAUCUACUCCAAGUCUUCCUCAAUCCCGUCCUCAAUCUCAAAUUAUUGUUAUUGAUUCAUCGCCAGAUGAAGUUCCACAAACUGUUAAUGCAGAAACAUUGCCGCGAAAAAAAAGAAAUUUUCUUCGUAAACUAUUCUCGAGAAAACCAAAGAAAGGUGAUAAAUCAUACAGUAGCCCAGCGUCUCGAGAACCCAGUUUAGGAGAAGCAACACCCAUCGGAGCUGGAUCUGUCCACAGUUUACGCAUGACUAGUGAUACCGCUACUCCACCUGCCAAAAAGCAACCUGCUCGAUUUGCUAAAAAAUCUAAGCCAGUAGGUAGAAGUGUCAGUAGCACUUCGGGCAAACGACCUGAUUUCAAAGAUAAGCCGGACAUGAUUCAUAUCCCAUUAAAGGGUGAUAUUGGUGGAGGAAGCACUCACUCUCUUAAUGUUGCGCCGAAAGUUAAGGAUAGCCUUGCACCUUCCGAGUUUGGUAGCAUAGGUCUCGUAAAGAUUGAUGCUGGAAGUGUCAAACAGUUAUAUGGAGAGCAGAUACUUAACGAUUUAGAUCAGCAUUUGGAUAUAACAGAAGCGGAACAUUACGCUCUGUAUACAGAUCUUGCUCCGCAUGCGACAACUAGCGAGUUUGAUGAAACUUCUUGUUUUUACGCCCCUAUUGGUGGCGGAAAGUUAAUUAGCUUUGGAUCUGCUAAUAAUGUGACAGCCAUAAAUAUUGUAGAUUAAUGUAGAAUAAUUUGUAUUGAGA